AUGUCUUUCACUUUUAGCAACGACACCUACUCUCUAAAGGCGGAGAAAGCCGACGCCAUCAGAAAAUUCAACCAGCAGCAGAACUUCUUAUACUUCGGCCGGCUGCUCGGCGCCACGGUCCUCCUCCUCUGGUCCUUCAAAACGCUGCCGUUUUUAACGCAGAUGGCUUCCGCCUACAUCUCCGUCUUCGGCCAGCAGCUCUGCGCCUUCCUCGUCGCCAACGCCAUCGUCAUCUUCGUCUACCACUUCUCCACCGCCGCCGCCAACAACACCAUCGCCGCCGCCGCCGACAAGGACGUCGUCGUCAAUUCAUCGUCACCGGGAUCUUCUCCCCUCCGCUCGGACAUAUACGACGAGUAUGUCUCGCUUUCGAGCCGGCCAACCGGCGGAGUGGAAGAGCUUCCGCCGCCGUCGGAUAAUGCUUCCGACGGACUGGUUGAGCCGGCGGCGGCGGCGGAGGAGGGUUUUAGUGACGGGAGGCGGCUCCGGAGGACGAGAUCGGUGGUGGUUGAGGCAACGGCGACGGAAAGUUGUGGUGGUGGUGGUAAUAGCAGCCGUCACGAAAAAGGUUGUGAUAAAAAGGAGCUGCGGCGGUCGGAGACGGUGGUGAUGAAGGCGAGGAGGAAACCAGCCGCCGCGGCGGCGGCGGCGCUGGGGAAGAGCUUGAGUUUCAACCAGGCGAGGAAGUCGAUCGAGGAGAUGAACAACGACGAGUUUAAUAUGACGGUGGAGAGCUUUAUAGCGACGAAGAAGAAGCUCUUACGGGACGAGAACAUCGCGGUUUUAGAGACGGGAAUUUGA